UGAAAAUGAAUCGAAAUGUACUACAUAUUUCCUCAGGUACGUGACGAACGAAACAUGCUCAAAGUCAACACUCGCAUCCACAGGAUUGUGAUGAUAUUCAGAUUAUUGCUUGACCAGUUUGCUGUUCUGGAAACCAGGACUGCCUUAGACUUCUAUGACUUCAGGGAAUAUCUCUCACCUGCUUCAGGCUUCCAGAGCCUGCAGUUUCGACUGUUGGAAAACAAGAUUGGGGUCCCGCACAACCAGAGGGUCCCCUACAACAGAAGGCAUUACCGGGACAAUUUCCGUGACCAGGAAAGUGAGCUGCUCCUGCAUUCAGAGCAGGAGCCCACGCUGCUGCAGUUAGUGGAGCAAUGGCUGGAGAGAACGCCCGGCUUGGAGGAAGAUGGCUUUAAUUUUGGGGGGAAACUGGAAACCAAUAUUUUUGAGGGGCUCAGGAGAGAGAAGGAACAAAUAGAGCAAAAACCAGCCUCCGAGAUGAAAGAGGAGAUGAUGGCCGAGCUCAUUAAGCAGAGAGACAUUUUCUUAUCGCUCUUUGAUGUGAAAAGACAUGAUCACUUAGUAAGCACAGGUCAGAGGAGACUGUCCUAUAAAGCACUGCAAGGAGCACUGAUGAUCUACUUCUACAGGGAGGAGCCUCGAUUUCAGGUUCCUUUCCAGCUCCUGACAUCUCUGAUGGACAUCGACACCCUCAUGACAAAAUGGAGAUACAACCACGUGUGUAUGGUUCACAGAAUGAUUGGCAGUAAAGACGGCACAGGUGGCUCAUCAGGCUAUCAGUACCUGCGCUCCACUGUCAGUGAUCGCUACAAGGUGUUUGUGGAUCUGUUUAACCUGGCCACCUUCCUGGUUCCGAGGGAGUGGGUUCCCAAACUGGACCCGAGUGAGCACACCUUCCUGUACAUGGCCGAUUGCUGCGACAGCUCCUACUGCAGCAGCAGCGAUGACUCAGACUAAACAGAUGGAGGCAUGAGGAAAGGAUGGACAGCGUUUGCAGAGUACAGAAGAAAAAAAAAAGCUCCACACCUCACAAGUCUACCAUCACCAAGAUUUGUCACCAAAAACUUUUUAAAUGACAGAAUGAGAGGCUACAAAGCUGUGCUGAUUUUACAGCAGUACUAGAAUAUGAAUUGAAAAGAUAUGAAUAUGAAAAGUCAAUUUAACAACAGCGGCAACAAAAUAUCUAAAAUGAUGCACUUGUGUAUAUAUUGUCAAUAUAAUAUAAUAUUUUAACAUGUAAUAAACUGAUUUCUGUUUUGUAAAUAAAAUACACAC